AAAGUUUUCAGACUCCUCUCUCCCUCAGGCUGAAAGCUGCUCUGUAGGACCAGUGCUGCAGUCAACGCUUGUCCAGUUGCAGGAGUGUUUCACUAAGAACAUCUGUGUCUUUCUAACAAGAGAAUAACUAAAGCAGGUUUAGCCAUAAUGCAAGGCAUUGUUCCCAAGAACCUACUAAAAGGGGUUGAUAUCUGUGGAGGGAAAACACAGAUAUAUAUAAUCCGCUCUGAUAUUGGCUGCUACAUGCAGACAAGUAAUUUGAAUAAAGGUUUAGACCCCACUAUUUUCAGUCUGCAUCCCUCCUGCCAGAAUGGAGACCAUUAUCUUGCUGAUUGGAAUGAAACCUUUUACGUCAUUAAGGGUGACUCCUUUCGCGAGGUCAAAGACCUGUCAACAGACAGCGAGGCUAAAGUUCUCAGUCUUGAUGAAAACUGCGUGGGUGGGGACUUCUACUUCUCAGCCGGUGGCUGGUUUUACAUCAUCUUCCUAGCAAAAGGAACUUUUCGUCAGACAACAGACCUUAAUAAAUAUACAUAUGGUGAAGAAAAAUCACUGCGUUUCAAUUGGUUCAGUGGUCUCUAUUACUGGGGUCAGUCAAAGAGCUUCUGCUUCCUCAAGCCAUUCUCAAAGUGGGGAGUUGAAUACAAUGAAGGCAACAGCAUAGCGGAUAAUAGCUGUUUCGAUACCUAUUCUGUUCAUCCCUCUGUUGUUAACUUCCUGCCUGGUGGGCUAUCAAUAACUAAGGGGCCAGCAUUCGGUAGGUGGGAGAAUAUCAAAAGUGCAAGUAAUGACAGUAAAACAGCAGUGACAUGGCACAAGAAGGUUGUUAAAAAGGUUGGAUACAGUAAGGAGAAGAUAACAGACAUCACACAUAACUGGAAGUUCGGCAUGUCAGCCACGAUUGCAUCUGGAGUCCUGGAAGGGUUAAUCGCGAAGCGGCAGUUCUCAUUUUCUGCAGAAUAUGGAGGAUCACAUGUGAACACUGAGAAAGAAAUCUGGCAUGAAGCCACCGAAGUGGAAGAACAGCUUUCAUUUGAGCUAAAACCAAAUGAGCGUGUGUAUCUGUGGCAGUACAACCUGGGUCUUGGUGAAGAGUCUGUGUUGUUCUGUCGUGAUUUGAAGAUGGACGAUGUGCCGAACCCUCCAACUGAAGUCCCACUGCCUCCUGCAAAACCAUGAGAAAAAUAUAACCAAGUGCUUCAGCUAAACCAUAUUUAGUCAGACACUAAGUGGUACUAUAAGAGCCUUUUGCUCUGUGAUUCAGAAGGGCUAUAAGCUUCUGAAUGCUGAAAACAUGCUCUAUAAAAUAAUAUAACAUCUAUAAAAAUUUUCUGCUAUUUUGAAUCUUCCAACAAAAAUUUGUCUUUUUCAUUCUUUGUCUGAUUGUUAGUAUGGUGCGAUAUUUCUAAAGAAAGUUUGAUUGCAAAAAGCUACAAAUUGAAGUUUCUACAAGUUUCUACAAUGAAUGUAUUUAUUACAGAAACUUUAUAUAUUUAAUAUUUAGUAAUUCUGUAUGUUAUCAGAAUAAUGUAACUGAUUUGUAAUUUACCAUUUUCAAAUUCAUGAACUUGUACCCUGAUUGUCUGAAAAAGUUUGAAACCUGAUCAAUUCAAAUUACUGAGUCUAUAUUUUAAGUUUGUUUAUCACUUCUUUUCUGUGUGGUUUCUUUAUUCAUCUAUCCAGUUUAAUUUAAUAAUGUACUAUGAGUAAUCUGCAUUUAAUAUAUAUUUACUAGAUUUUAAAUUCUAGUGUGUCUCUAAUGCAUUGUCCAGACAUAAAACGAUUCAGUAUCUAAAUGCAGAUAGUAGUUGAAUGACAAACUCCAAAAUAGUAACCCAAAGAAGAACAGAAUUCCAGGAAUAUUAAUCAAGAACUGUAAACACAUCAGUAACCAACAAGGGCAAACAGUGGGAUAUAGUUACAGGCUACAAGUACAUUUAUUUAUCAUUUGUGCAAAGUGACUUACAGAUGUGGCCAUUAAGAAUGUUAGCUUUUUAGCAGUUCGUCACAGGCGACCAAAGAUCUCCACAGUCAUAAUUUGAGAUGUUUACUAGUAUUGAAACCAUAGUUAACAGAUCAUGAAGACUGGACAAGUUUCAUAGUCCAUAGAUGAUUUUCAAAGAACUUGUUCUAUUACACUGUCCCCGCGUACUGUAUUUUGAUGCAGCUAAAUUCUCAAUAAAACAGUUUGUCUUGUUUA